CAAAUACUUUUAUUUCUCCUUUCUAUUUUGAUUGCACUUCUUUUUCCCUUCUCGUCUUUCUCUUUUUCUCUGACUUUCUCGAUACCCCUCCCUACUCCACCUUCUGCAACGCCAACAUCCACAGGAAAAUGCUAGUGGACACGCAACAGCCUACCGAUACGACGAACAGCACUGCUGUUAUACAACGCCGCACUCUAGCAACGGCACUGGCUAUACAGCAAAGCAAAGCGGAGCCACGAUGGCCGCAGAUUCUCGUAGGCAAACUACGACUCGUUAAAUCAACCUGGUCGCUUUCAUCCGCAUGGUCAUCCGAUACACCCGAGCCGGAGUCAGAAUGCCCUACUAUCCGUGACACAGAGGGCCAACAACUAUUACCAUCACCGGAAUCAUCUACGAUAACUUGUCCUCCUCCUCCUCCAUCUUACAGUGACCCGAGCCACCCAUGGGCCGUACGACCGUACUGUGAAGAAGAAGAAGACCGAGACGAUGAAAUCAAAGAUAGCGACGAAGAAGAGGAAAACGAAGAAUUACCGCCGUAUGAAUGCACCGUAUCACGCGUCGGCCAUGUCCAUGUUAAAAAAGAACGCGAGAGUCAAGACAAAGUAGCUAAAAAAAGAUCUUGGAAAAAUCUCUAUGUCAUGUUGUGGGGAACAUCCAUAAGAGCUUAUAAACGCGAGCCCAAGAAACAAGAUGAAACGCCAGUUUGGAGUUAUACGAUGCAAGAGGCCGAGGCCGGCAUGGCGACUGAUUACCGCAAAUACAGUCAUGUUCUUCGUAUUCGGAUCCACAACGGCCCGCAGUUCCUAGUGCGAUGCGAUAGCGAACGAAGUGCCGUGUUGUGGAUCGAUGCGGUCCAGGCAUCUGCGAACGUGAGCCCGGAUCUGGACACACGCCCCAUGCCAGAGUUCACAUUUGGACGACGUCAACGACGAAACCGACGACGAACGUAAUACCGCCCCCACCACCCCCCUUCAUCCAUAUUCACUUACUCGAACCUUUUCGUUGUUACAACUGCUAGCGGGCCGAGCAGUUUCAGUGUUUUCUUCGAUGAGUCGGUUAUAGUUCAUCUUUUGCAUAUAGAUUAGCUUAGAAAUCAAAAAGGGCAAUGUAUACCCCAAACAACAACAACAACAACCAUUUCUGCAUAUCAGAAACUGCUGUUUGCUCUGUUCAAAAGUUUACCCCACAUCAAAGCAACAUCACACAGCAGUCCCCUCCCUUUACACACAACUCGAGCAUCCAAUUCAUGUACACAUAUUAAUCAUAUCUAUAUAUUAAACAAGACCACACGUAUAAGACAAAGAGA